AACACAGCACUUUUCCUGUCCAAGAUCCGGCCACAGAUCGGUGCUCUGCUCGGAACCAUCGUAACCAUGGCCGACUGUAAGAGCGAGACUCCAACGGAGAAGGAGACGCCGAAACCGAAACCGAGACCGAUCGUGCGUCUCGGCAUCUUCCUCAUCUCUCACAGCUUCCUCGUCAGUGUUGUUUGUUGCACUGCUGGUGUUCUGGCUCUGCUCCUCCUUCCUGUUCUCGCCAAGAACACUUACAUCUCCGAAAAUGCCCUCAUGCCAGGUUCUGCAAGUCCCAUAAUUUCUAAUCAGGAGGUUUUGGGUGGAAAUAAAUUGGUUAAGGAUCUAACCAACCUGAAUUCUAAAUAUUUGAAUGGGGGAAUAGGUGGUCAGGGAAUCAUAGCAAAGUACAUGUCAGACUUGGGUGAUGAAGUUAGUUAUCACAAAUUCCACCCUCAGUCAAAUAGGUUUCAUCCACUGCACUUUUUCUCUGAUCCUGAUUUUGGAGCUCAAGAGAACUUCAGUUGCUCAUCAUAUGGCAUCAACACUAUUGGGAUAGUAAGGGCUCCACGUGCUGAUGAGUCCUUCUCCGUAGAUUCACGAUAUGGAGAAUAUGCUUCUGUUGCUGCUUGGUUAAAAGAUUAUCAUGUGCCUAAAUUUAGCAGUCUGAGUUCUCCAAAUGUGGAGAUGUGCCAUGAUGUUAAGAAUCUUUAUGAGUCAGAAGGCAAAUUCAUAACUGGUGAUUUUAGACAUGCUGGAACUAUGGCUGCUGUUCCGGUCUUGAAGGUCAGUGACAGAACUGAAGAAUUGGAAGACAUGGUUAGCAUUUAUGCUGAGGCAUCGGCAGAUCCCAAACUUGGACCUCAUCAAUAUUGUAUAUUACUUGGCAGCUCAUUAUAGGCAAGGUUUUCGUGUGAAGGUAGAGAGAUUGUGGUCCCUACUUGACUGCAGUUUGCCCAAAGGUUUGGCAAUAAUAAUUGAUUAUGUGGGAGAAGUGGCUAGAAGAUUAAAUCCUGAAUGGAAGUUUGGCAUCCUUGCUACAGAUUAUAUUGAAGGCACUGCUACACUUGCUAGUUGAUUGUACUCUCAGGUAGCGUCCUCUUUUGGUUAGUUUAUCUAUUAAUUUCCUGCUUUCUUCUCUUGGGGUGUUAGAUGCCAAAUAUCUGUCACUUUAAGUAUCAAAUUGAAGGAUCAAGAAAAUUAAGAAGUUGCAUGUUCUUGCUAUUCUCUAUUACCAAGCACAGAUAUACUUUAUCUCUGUCUGUUGUCAGGCCCUGGGUGUUCCCACAGGUCCACAUGGUGCAUUUCGUGAUUACCAGGUUGAUGCUAUCACUUUGGAGUUUUCACCCAAAUUUACUUCUGAUAUGAAGGUCAGGCGCAAUGAUUUCUUUCUAAGAGGUGGCUAGUAAGUGCUCAUGCACAUCAAUUCCUCUUUGUAACUUGAAUUCCUAUUUCCAGAUGCUGCCUGAAACUUACAAAAUUGGGAUCAGUCUUGCAGAAUAAGUCAUCUUUGAUACAUGAUUGUGACUUCUAAAUUCAACUCUUGAGGAUGAUUUAAAUGAAAGUUAUUAACUGUAGUUAAGAAGUAUUAGGAGUACACGAGUUUCAUAAUUUGUUUAGCAUCUUGAUAAUUUACUGUUACUCUCAUUUUCCUGAAGGUUAUCCUUCUGCUUGAGGCAAAAACCAACAUUUAGCCCCUUACCUUACAAAGUUGAUAGGUUUAGCCUUUCACCUUAUAAUAUGGCACUUUUAGCUUUUUACCUUACAAAUUUGAUAGGUUUUAGCCCCUCAACUUACAAAGUUAGUAGGUUUUAAUCUCUCACCUUAUAUUAUGAUAUUUUUAGCCUCUCACUUAUACGAAUUGAAGAAAAUAACUCUCACGUA